CUCUUGGCAGUCAUAUAUUCCCUACAAAUCACUCCGAGUUAUAUUAACCAGUCAGUUUGAUCAGACAUUCCUCUGCAGGGAAUUUCUCAACAACUAUUAAGAAAAAGAUACAUAAUCUUUGUUAGUUUGAGGAUUCAGGAAUCAUUGGUUAUUUGCUAUGGAGGAAUUAACCAGCACUGGAUUUUAAAUAAAAAAUUAAGGUCUCAAGACAAUCAUGGAGAUGACUACACACUGUUUUGAUCAGAGCACUACAACUACUGCUAUUCAUGGAAAUGACUCUGAAAAAACUGAUGACUACGACUUGAAUGACUUUGCUCAGUUGUUUCAGUCAUUUGAGCCCAUGUCUAUCGCUGUUUUCUCCCUGGUCUCUGUUCUUGGUGUGCUCGGGAAUGGAGUGGUUAUCUGGGUGACCGGGUUCAAGAUGAACAAAACUGUUAACACAGUUUGGCACCUCAAUCUUGCUGUGGCUGACUUUCUCUUCGCAGGAUUUCUGCCCUUGAAUGUGACUUCCUUAGCUUUAGGGUCUCACUGGCCCUUUGGCAAUUUCAUGUGCAAGCUGAGCACCACUCUAAUCUUUCUGAACAUGUUUGUCAGUGUCUACAUUCUGGUGGUGAUCAGUGUGGACAGAUGUGUGUCUGUGGUGUGGCCCGUGUGGGCUCAGAACCACAGAAAUGUACGCAAGGCGUCCUAUGUCAGUCUGUGUGUUUGGAUACUGGCUUUGAUUCUCAAUGCUCCGUACCUUUACUUCAUGGACACUGAGCAAGAGUCUGGAGACAAAAUAAUCUGCUUUGACACUCUUUUUGACUAUAAAAUACGAUUUCAAAACCAGUUUCAUCUUCACGCCAUUGUCAUCACUGACUUCCUCCUAGGAUUUGCAGUCCCCUUCACUGUCAUUGUCUCUUGUUAUGGUGUCAUCAUCCAUCAUGUCAGGAGAAACCACAACCUGGCUAGCCAGUCAAGUCGCUCCUUUAAAAUUAUUGCUGCGAUUAUCAUCGUUUUUUUCAUGUGCUGGGCUCCCUUUCAUAUUAUAGCUCUAAUUGAGCUGGUUAUCUUCACAGCUGAUACUCAGAGUAAAACAUUACUCCACAUUAUUGCUAUUGGGAUACCUCUCAGCACCAAUUUGGCUGUUCUAAAUAGUUGCAUGAACCCACUACUGUACGUGUUCAUCAGACAAGAUUUUAAGGAUGAAGUCAGAAAAUCCAUCCUAAAAGUGAUGGAGACUGCCUUCCGCGAACAGAAGACACACCAGAAAGAGCAAACAAAGCUUUGAAUACUGUGGUAUAAGGCAGACACUGAUGUAACAAAACUAUGUAACAAAAAUACAAAACUGUAAAUAAUGAUUUUUAAAAAGAUGUAAAAUUGCUUUUGGGCUUUUUUAGCCGUAAAUAUUACUCCAGAGUAAAUAAUGAAUAUAGCAAUUAUAUAUUCUUCUUAUUAUUAAUCUGAUGGAAAUGGCUAAUGGUACAAAUGCUGUGAUACAUUAGAUCUGUGCUGUCUUGAUUUUGGUGUUUCUAUGACGCACGGUGUGGAUUUGUGUGUUCUUAUAUGAAACUAAAAGGAUUCAGAAAAAGAUGUGAAAUCAGCGAACACCAAUCAUAGCAAGGAGAUGUCCGUUUUGAAUACUGAGGUGAAAUAGUAUGAAAUAAAGAAACAAAAGUGUAAGCGAAGUGGGCAAUUACUAUGUUGUAUAACUUAUUUAGUCUGUAAAAUAAAUCACCCUGCUGGCACAGUAGUUAGCGGCACAAUGGUUAGUGGUAGUGCCUCACAGCGAGAAGGUCCUGAGUUCAAUUCCACUAUCAGACCGGGGUCUCUCUGUGUGGAGUUUACAUGUUCUCCCUUUUCUGGGUAUUCUGGCUUCCCACAUUACAAAGACAUGCAGUUAGAGGGGAUAGGUUAACUUGCCCGUGAGUGUGAAUGUAUGUCUGUAAGCCCUGCGGCAGACUGGUGACCUGUCCAGGGUAUACCCUGCCUUUGCUGCAAGACAGCUGGGAUAGGCUCCAGCUCCCCCCCCCUGGACAAGGAUAAGCAGAAGAGAAAGGAGACAAUCACCCCUUGGUGCUUUCUGAUUUUUUUUUUUUUUUAUCUGACAUUCCAGCAGUCUAGCAUAAUGAUUUAUAAUCAUUAUGAUGUUACUAUGCUUAAAUUAGCAAUUGCUUUUCUUUCUUUUUCUUUUGGUUCAUGAGCAAUGUCUUUCUCCCAGUUAUAUAUCUUCAUCUGUACUGUA